UUCACAGUAAAUUAUUGUGAAUUACAGCGCAGCUCGCUAGCCAGUUAGCUAAAGAAAUACCAUUGAAAAUGUCAGUUGAAGAAAUAUCAAAUUCCCUUCCAGAAGCCGCGGAGGAGGUACAGACAAAUAAUGAAAAUGUGGAAGGAGAACCAGAAAUGGCGUAUGACGAGUCUCCGAGAGAAGGAUAUGUGCUUUACAGGGACAGGAAAGAAUGGGCAGAUCUGGAGCCGGUCCCUCAGGACGACGGACCCAACCCUGUGGUCAAAAUCGCAUAUUCAGAAAGAUUCAGAGACGUGUAUGACUACUUCAGAGCCCUGUUGAAACAUGACGAGAAAAGCGAGCGAGCACUUGCGCUCACCGCCGAAGCUAUUGAGCUGAAUGCGGCAAAUUACACAGUAUGGCACUACAGAAGAGUAUUGUUGCAGGCUCUGGAGAAGGAUCUAAGAGUGGAGAUGAAAUAUAUCACAGCUAUCAUAGAGGACCAGCCCAAAAACUAUCAAGUCUGGCACCACAGACGCAUGGUAGUCGAGUGGCUUAGUGAUCCGUCUGAAGAGCUGCAGUUCACAGCGGAGAUCCUCAGUCAGGAUGCCAAGAACUACCACGCAUGGCAGCACAGACAGUGGGUCAUUCAGGAGUACAAGUUGUGGGCCGGGGAGCUGGAGUACGUGGAGGAGCUGCUGGAGGAGGACGUGAGGAAUAACUCGGCUUGGAACCAGCGACACUUCGUCAUCAGCCGCACCACCACCUACUCGCCCCCCGAAGUGCUGGAGCGAGAAGUGCAGUACACCAUUAGGCAAAUCAAGAAAGCUCCUCAUAAUGAAAGUGCAUGGAACUAUCUGAAAGGGAUCCUGCAGCCCACGGGACUCUCGUCCUACGCUGGAUUGCUGGAGCAGGUGGAGGGACUGCAGGGCUCGUGCUGCUCUCCCUACCUCCUCGGCUUCUUGGUGGACUAUUACGAGGAAGCUCUGGAGACCAACGGUGGAAAGUACAACCUGACGGAGACGCUCAACAAAGCCUUAGGGCUGUGUGAUCUGCUCGCCCAGGAUCAAGACACUAUCCGGAGGGAGUAUUGGCGCUACGUUGCCCGCACCCUUCAGAGCCAGUACGACUCGGGAGAAACGUCCCCUCCCCUCACAGAGCAGCAGUAGAUACCCAAGGAUGACUGAGGAACAGGGAGUGCCUCCCAGAUCUGGAAAACCAAUUUACGGGAGCCAAACAAAAUGAAUGCUGACUGGACUCUUUGUGUAUCUGCAUUUCUGGUUUUACCACAUUGGUAAAUCCCAUUAUAUAGUUCUUGCAAGUUGAGGACUGAUUAGAAGCGUCCUUGCAGUCACAUGACAAAGACUUAAAAGGCUGCACAGAGUCAUGGUUUACAUAGUUCGACAUGCACCUGAAUUUGUAAAUUUAAACCAGUAAAUAUUAGCUUAUGGGUCUUAUAUCUGUUCUAUGGUUGCGAGCUAUACCAGUGUAUACGUGAGCUGUAAGUACAGGCAAAACACCGUUGCCAAGCCGUUCUCUAGUCUGUAUUUAACGCUGCAUUACUCCUGAAUUUGGACUUUUUUUCUUUUUCUUUUUUAAUGCCUGGAAUAAAAUAGCGGUUAACACCAGGUAAA